AAUCAAUCCAAUCAAUAAUUAUCAAUCUAUGAAAUUGACUAAAUUAUAAAUCAACGAUGAGGAUAUGAUAUCAAUCAUAACGAUGUAAAUUGGGACAAGCGAAUUACGUAUGAGUUGCUAAACAUAAAUCAUGUGAAGUUGGUCGUCAAUUAUUUCGAUCUACAUGCAAUGCACAGAGGAAGAACGCGACCACAUGGCCGAGCCGCACGCGAUUGCCAGUUCGCAAUGCAAUGGUCCAUAUUACCGGGAUAAAUCUAUAUUGGAAGAUUCCGGGGAACAACUAGAAUUGAUUUAGUCGAAAGAAAGAAAAAUCACUCUGGAUCGAAAAACGCUAGAAAUGUGAGUAUCGUGCCAGCGCUUGCAUUUUUUCUUGUUUGCACUCCGGCGAACCAAACGACUCGAAAAAUCAAACCACAAAGGACCAGAAAGGAAGGGAAGGGGACGAUGAGGAAAACCAUUAUUCGAAUCUCAUUCUCGGACCAUACAUACGUGACCGAUGACCAUAAUACCAUUCAUUCUACCGAUGUCCGUUUCUUCCUCCGUUUGCGUCCGUGUGGGCUUGUAUUUUGUCCUGCGUUGUUGGUGGACACAUUGUAUCUCCAGGGCAAUCUCACGACGUCUCUCCUUUCCCUUAUGCAACUUUCGCUUCCUACCAAAGCAACUCCAUUCCUUUUCGUUCAUAUCCAAGAACGACUCGCGCAAACAGCUUAUUUGUAUGCUUUAUGCCCUCGGCUUGAAUCUCUUGCCGGAAGGAACAACGUCCAAUGGAGCAAAAUCUCUGUUAUAUUGCAUGUAGAACUCUAAAUGAAAUGAAAGUGUUUUUCAACAAAGUGCCAUGAGUCCCUAUCGGAUGAUAAGGAAAAGCUUGUUGAUGAUCCCAAUUAGGACGCUCCUCCUUCUCAUUCUUAUGAUUGGUUUCCCCCAGUUUCAUGGAAUAAAUUUAAGAUGCGUAAACGACUAAUUUGAUUCAUUUUACCGCAACCGCGAUGGAGCCAUUCCGAAAUGAGACAGACAGUAACUGGUCCUUCGUUCAAUCGAGUGUUUGAGUUGCUUCGAACUCGUAAUAUUAACAAAAUAUUAAAAACUCGAAAAACGCAUAAAGCCGCUUCAAGUUGCAAGUUGACUAAUGUUUUAAUAAUGGAACCUCAGUGGUGCAGAAAUUUACUUCGGUCUACCUUUUUUGAAACCAGAGCUGGUUUUGUUCUGACUUAGGGAAUCGCAAAUACGAAUGCUUGGGUUGUAUUUUGCGUUGUUUUAUUUCGACAAAACCCUCUUUUCUCUCUUGUUUCGAUUUUCAAUCAUUCGAUUUGUCAUGUGUACUCUACUUCCAUCCCGACUUUGGUUUAAGCGGUCGCUUUCUUGUAGGUUAAACCAUCUCCAAACUCGUCGACCCACUCGUCGUUCGCGAAAGGAUCCCCACUCCAGGAUGUCUGAAAUGCAGCGUCAUGGUCGAAGCUAGCUGGGUCGUCGAUUCGCUUUUCGAUGUCCUCCUUGAAGUGGCGCAGCAAUCCCUGGAUGGGCCAUGCGGCGGCAUCUCCAAGGGCGCAAAUGGUCUGUCCCUCGAUUUGCCGAGCAAUUUCCUCGAGCAUCGGGAUCUCGCGCUUGUCUGCGUCUCCCUUCUCCAUCCGGAUGAGAACGUCCUCCAGCCAAGAGGUUCCCUCGCGGCAAGGGGUACACUGACCGCAGGAUUCGUGCUUGUAAAAGUGCGCGAGCCGUCGAAUCGCGGCGACCAUGUCGACGGAAUCGUCAAACAUGGUAAUGGCCGCAGUUCCGAGCGAGGUUCCAAGGGACUUGAGGUGGUCGAAUUCCAUCAACGCCUCGUCACAAAGCUCCUUGUUCAUUGCAGGCGUAGAGGAUCCACCGGGGAUACAGGCCUGCAGGGAAUCCCACCCGUUCCGCAUGCCACCACAGUGCUUCUCGAUAAGUUCCUGCAAGGGAAUGCUCAUGGAUUCUUCCACGACCGUUGGAUUCUUGACGUGGCCGGAAAUACCGAAAAGCUUGGUGCCGCGGUUGUUUUCAUUUCCAAACCCGGCAAACCACGAGGCACCACGCCGAAGAAUGGUUGGCGAGACAGCGAUCGUCUCGACAUUCGUGACUGUGGAUGGGCACCCAAAAACGCCAACUCCGGCUGGAAAUGGGGGCUUGAGGCGGGGCUUUCCCUGCCGUCCCUCGAGAGACUCAAUUAGGGCGGUUUCUUCUCCACAAAUAUAGGCGCCGGCUCCACGGUGCAGGAAAAUGUCAAAGUCGUAACCGCUGCCGCAGGCGUUCUUUCCAAUAAGGCCUGCAGAGUAGGCCUCGUGGAUCGCCUCGUCCAAGACGACCGCCUCGUUGAAGUACUCACCACGGAUGUAGAUGUAAGCGGCUCUAGCGCGCAUGGCAUAUCCAGCUAGCAAGCAUCCCUCGACGAGCUUGUGCGGGUCCUUCCGCAUGAUUUCUCGGUCCUUGCAGGUUCCCGGUUCGGAUUCGUCGGCAUUCACAACCAAAAAGGAGGGCCUACCAUCCGUCUCCUUGGGCAUAAAUGACCACUUCAGACCCGAAGGAAAGCCAGCACCACCGCGACCACGGAGCCCAGAGUCCUUGAUCUCCUGAACGAUCCAAUCGGGUCCCAUGGUCAUGAUUUCCUUAGUCAUGUGAUAGUCGCCACGCUUCAAGGCGUCCUUGAGACGCCAGUCUUGUUCUCCGUAGAGGUUGGUAAAGAUGCGGUCCUGGUCCUGAAGUCCGCCGUAGACGCUGCGAAAUAGUUGUGUUCAUCAGUAGGUUACAUUCACGUUGCAUCAUGUUCCAUCGGAGCAACGUGAAACCAUUUGCAAAAGAGAAAAAAAGUUAGAAAAAAUCACCAACGAAAAACUAAUUUGUAAUCAAUAUUUAUGAUAUAU